UUUAACAAGGGGAUGCUUGGAGCUGUCAAACGGCAGCGAUCGCUUAGCGGUUAAUGAGAAAUCGGCUUAAAUGUAAAUAUUUCUUACAUUACUUAAACACGCCAUGGACUCCGUUGGCAUUCUCCUAUGGCUUGCCGCGGUGGUCAUCGUCCUGUCUCGGUCGCACGGCGACCGCAACGUCUACCCCUCGGCAGGAGUGCUCUUCGUCCACGUGCUGGAGAGGGAGUACUUUAAAGGGGAGUUCCCUCCCUACCCAAAGCCUGGUGAUGCCAGCAAUGAUCCCAUCACAUUUAACACCAACCUAAUGGGGUAUCCAGACAGACCGGGAUGGCUGCGCUACAUCCAGAGAACUCCGUACAGCGACGGGGUGCUUUAUGGGUCCCCUACGGCGGAGCAUGUGGGCAAGCCGACCAUCAUUGAGAUUACUGCCUAUAACAGACGAACGUUCGAAACCGCCAGGCACAACUUGGUCAUAAAUAUCAUGUCCACUGAAGAGUUCCCCUUGCCGUACCAGGCGGAGUUCUUCAUCAAAAACAUGAAUGUGGAGGAGAUGCUGGCCAGCGAGGUUCUGGGGGACUUCCUGGGGGCGGUGAAGAACGUUUGGCAGCCGGAGCGCCUGAACGCCAUCAACAUCACGUCGGCGCUGGACCGGGGCGGCCGCGUCCCUCUGCCCAUCAACGACCUGAAAGAAGGGGUGUAUGUGAUGGUGGGUGCAGACGUUCAGUUCUCCUCUUGUCUCCGUGAGGUGGAGACCCCCCAGAACCAGCUGCGCUGCAGCCAGGAGAUGGAGCCCAUCAUCAGCUGCGACAAGAAGUUCCGGGCUCAGUUCCACAUUGACUGGUGCAAAAUCUCACUGGUGGACAUCACGAAAGUGGUCCCUGUGCACAGGGACAGACCGGACCCCGGGCCAGGGGUGCUGCCGGAUAUUGGGGAGUAUAACCCCCCCUCCGAGUCGCUGAAAAGUAGGGACUAUUUUGCUGACUUCCUGAUCACCCUGGCUGUGCCCUCCGCCGUAGCCCUGGUCCUUUUCAUCAUCCUUGGUUAUUCCAUGUGCUGCCGGCGUGAAGGGGUGGAAAAAAGAAACAUGCAAACACCAGACAUCCAGCUGGUGCACCACAGCUCCAUCCAGAAGUCCACCAAGGAGCUGAGGACCAUGUCUAAGAACCGCGAGAUCUCCUGGCCCCUGUCCACCCUGCCCGUCUUCCACCCCGUUAGCGGAGAGGUGGUCCCGCCCAUCCACCCGGACAGCUAUGAGACCACCAGCAUGCCCCUGAUGCAGACGCAAACAAAUCUGCAAAAUCAAAUGCAGAUUCCACAACAACAGCCUCCAGGAGAUAAUUAUUGUAUGUCAACAUUUCGAAGGCUGGAGGUAAAUGGUAUUCCUGAAGAGAGGAAGGUGGCCGAGGCACUGAAUUUGUAAUUCAAAACCACAGUGUUGAAUUUUUUUGUACUCACUACACAUUUCCUUCUCCAUGCUGAUGUGCAUGUGCCAACAGUAGAGACAUAUCCAGCCCUCCUGCAGCUCACCCAUAAUGCAACGCUGCAGCAGAAACGCGGAGGGACUUGUAAAUACUGCACCACGUUGCAGUAAUAAGUAAUGACAUCUACAUUUUUGAAGGAUGGAUAUUUUUGAACCUCUUGUGUAAUGCAUAAACCAAGCACUUGUUCAUAAUAGGAUGUA